UACCUGAAGUAAGAAAUCAAGUGUAGCACUAGAAUCACAUUUCUGAGAAGCCUCGUACACAGAGCAAAUGACAACUUCCCUGGGGAGGAGCCUUCCAUCCACCAGCCGCCUGGAUUUGUUAUGGGAGUGGGAGAUUUCGGCGCAGCUAACAGGCGUUUCAGGGCCAAGCUGUUUGGAUGGAUUGUAGUGUUGAUGUGUGUAUUGCUGUAUUUAAUUCCUGACGUGUAUCAGAAGUUGCAUUGUAUAUGAAUAGAUGAAAGGCCUCCUCAGAAAUUUCAAUGGGGUUUAGAUCAGAUUUUCUGUGUUUAAGUGGUUUGUGCUGUGUUCUGCUAUGAUAAGGUUCAGCAGGCGGGUGUGAUCUGGUGCCUGGAGCCAUGACUGUUGUGUGUCUCAUAGUUCUUAAUUUAGAGCUGUUUGCAGAGGUUAAUUUCCAGUCGCCUGUGAUUCUGGGCACCUUGAGCUCAGUCCAAAUGUCAUCUGUCGUGCUCAGAGCAGGUUACUGUGUUAUUUCAGGUUUGUGCUGCUGGAACCUCCACCAGGAAGCAGAGAGAAAAUCCCUGACAGGAGGCCAGUGAAGAGAUACUAGCAGAGAUGAGAUGUAUUUGUGCAUGAGUAACGUGAGUCUGUCUUCAGUUUCAGAUGCCUCUGGAUGUUCAAUGAUAGCACUUCUCCAUACUGGAGCAGCAAAGUUUCCCCAAAACUUACUUCCAAGGGCAAGACAAGCUGUGUGCUCCCUCCUCCCGGCUGGUGUUCUCAAAGGGUACGGCUCCAUCGUAAGCAGGAAACUGGCGUCCCACAGCUUUGGAGCUUCCAUGGCAGCAAUGUCAUCCUUCCCUCCACAGAGAUAUCACUACUUCUUAGUGCUGGAUUUUGAGGCUACGUGUGAUAAACCACAGAUUCAUCCUCAGGAAAUCAUCGAAUUCCCUAUCCUGAAGCUGAAUGGCAGGACGAUGGAGAUCGAAUCCACCUUUCACAUGUAUGUUCAGCCUGUGGUGCAUCCCCAGCUUACGCCCUUCUGUACAGAGCUGACUGGGAUUAUUCAAGGCAUGGUGGAUGGGCAGCCGAGCCUCCAGCAAGUGCUUGAGAGGGUUGACGAGUGGAUGGCGAAGGAAGGCCUCUUAGAUCCCAGCGUCAAGUCGAUUUUUGUGACCUGUGGAGACUGGGAUUUGAAAGUGAUGUUACCAGGACAAUGCCAGUACUUAGGGCUGCCGGUUGCUGAUUACUUCAAACAGUGGAUUAAUCUGAAAAAGGCGUACAGCUUUGCCAUGGGGAGUUGGCCAAAGAACGGGCUCUUAGACAUGAACAAAGGACUGAACCUACAGCACAUAGGGAGGCCUCACAGCGGGAUAGAUGACUGUAAGAACAUCGCCAACAUCAUGAAGACACUGGCCCAUAGAGGCUUCAUCUUCAAGCAGACCUCCAAACCUUUUUGAUCCCCAAGGCAAGCCAGGCAAGGGCUGCAUGUGCCCGGCGCCGGCGAGGCGGGGGAGGACGGGCUCCAGCAUUAAAAUAAAAUGGCAACCGAGGCCAGAGGAACCGACA